GUUUCAGCCAACCGGGAGUGCUCUCGCUGCUGGAAUAAAUUACAAAAAAAUGAGGCUGAGCGUUCAAGACGCGAGGGAGAGGGCGCCGUUCAUGCUCUCCACACCCGCGCACGCACGCACGCACGCACGCACGCGCGCGCUCGUGCUGGCAGUCGGCGCCGCGUUUGCGCCUCAAGGUGCGUUCAUCCGACUUGGUGCAACUUGCACUCGACAUUUUCGCCGAAGCCAGCGAAAGAGUUGCACGAGACGCGGCACGUCGACCCGGAAUGCGCUCUUGGAUCACGCGCGACUCCUUCCGUGGGAUUGAAUUGACGAUGCCCAUCGCCACAUCAUUUCAACCGGAUUAAAAAAAAGGAGGAGGGGGGGAAAUGGACCCACAAGGUCGGGUAGCCUUCGACUGAGCACUUUCGAAGGAGCGUUUGUUGAAAUGUUGAUGAUAAAACAGCGCUAAAAAAAAAAGUACUUUUCCUUUGCCGCCUUGUCCGUUCAUCGAACCAUCCGCAACUUCGCUCGCCGAUCGGAGGAUGUAACGGAGACCCAUUUCGUCAAGUUACGGACCGAAACGCUUCCCGACCAGGACUCGACGGAAUUGCGAGGAGAAUGAGGAGUCACCGGGGACGGUGGAAGCAACAUGAGUGGCCCCUGUAUCCUCUUUAGACUGACGGCCCUCAUGUUUCUAUGGACGUGGCUGACACUAAGCCUGCUGGCGAGCCGGAGGUCGGCGGGGGUCGAGGCCGCCGAGCCCGCGCGAGCCGGCUUCGCCGGCUCCGCGGGGCCCCUGGGCUGGCUCCUGACAGCCAAGGGUCCUUUCCACCGCUCGCAGGAGUUUAUUGAUUUCACAGAGCGCUACCGGCAAGGAUUCACGACCAAGUAUAAAAUUUACAGGGAGUUCGGACGAUGGAAGGUGAACAGCCUCGUUAUGGAAAGGCAAGUGAACAAUGGCGUGCCCUUUCCGCUGGACCCCGAGUUCCUCCAGGCCAUUCGGCAUCUGGGACGGCGGCCCAGUCUCAGCGCCAUCACCGACAACAUUAUUCGGAAAUACGGAACCCAUUUCCUCGUCUCCGCCACGUUGGGAGGAGAAGAGUCUUUAAUGAUCUUUGUGGACAAGCGCAAGUUGAGUGGAUGGAGUGAGUUGAGUGACGCUAAUGGCACAGCGGUGACUCUGGAGGCUCUCCACCAGCUGGCGGCUUCCUACUUCACUGACAGGGAGAGCACCCUGCACAAGCUGCACCACAUCCAGAUUGCCUCCCCCGUCAUCAAGGUGACUGAAACAAGGACAGGCCCUCUUGGAUGCAGUAACUAUGACAACCUCGACUCUGUCAGUUCCGUUUUGGUUCAGAGCCCUGAAAACAAGAUUCAUUUGCAAGGCCUUCAUGCCAUACUGCCAGAAUAUCUGCGGGACAAGUUUGUGCAGGCGGCGCUGAGCUACAUCGGAUGUAAUGAGGAGGGCCAAUUGGUGUGCCGGAACAAUGACUGCUGGUGUCAGUGCGCCGCAGACUACCCGCAGUGUAAUUGCCCCCAGUUGGAUUUGAGGUCCAUGGAAGAGAGUUUGCUGCAAAUUCGAGAUUCUUGGAACAUGGCCAACCAAGACUUUGAGGAGUCAGACGAGUUCCAGAACUUUGUACGAAGGCUUCCCACAUUUUAUGCUUUGAACACAUCUGCCGUGGAGUAUUUCUGGAAAAUGGAGCCGGAGAUUCAUCAACGCUACAAACAGCUGCAGCUCACCACCCAGCAGCUUCUGAGCAAAUCCGGGCGCAUCAUCAACAAGCUCUUCACCCUGGGCAAGAGGUGCCACGCCAAGCCCAAAAUCGUUCUGCUGAGAGAGAGACCCGUGACCUACUGGUUGAACUACAUCCUCUCCAUAAUGUACUGCAGCGAAAACAACCACAUGGGCGCAUAUUUGGAGGAGACCCGCAGUUGCUCGUGUCCCUACGAGCGCCCGCCCUGCCAGAGUGCGAUUCCCUGCACGGUGGGCGAAGGCACCUCCUGCGGCUCCUGUUCCUACGAGAACCGCUCCCGCUGCGCCACGUGCAACCAGGGUUACAUGCUUAGUCAGGGCGCGUGCCGCAACGAAGUUCCGGACUCCAUCGACCAUUACAUCGGCUUCGAGACGGACCUGCAGGACUUGGAGUUACGCUAUCUUCUGCAAAAACGGGACAACCGCAUCAGCGUCCACGGGAUCUUUGUCAGCAAUGACGUCAGGCUCAAUAGCUGGUUUGACCCGUCGUGGAGAAAGAGGAUGCUGCUGACUCUGAAAAGCAACAAAUACAAGUCGAACCACGUUCACAUGCUUCUGGGGAUUUCCCUUCAGAUUUGCCUGACCAAAAACAUCACGUUGGACCCGGUGCUGUCCGUCUACAUCAAUCCGUUUGGGGGAAGUCACUCGGAGAGUUGGAUCAUGCCCAUUGACCAAAACAACUACCCCGACUGGGAGAGGACUAAAUUAGAGCUUCCCCACGACUGUUAUAACUGGACGUUGACUUUGGGCAACAAGUGGAAAACCUUUUUCGAGACGGUUCACUUUUACUUGCGGAGUCGGAUCAGGGGCCCUGCGAGUCAUGGAAACGGAACUGUCUAUUACGAGCCCUUGGAGUACCUGGAGCUGGGGCAAAAUCUCGGCUACAUGAAAAUCAACAGCGUCCAGGUGUAUGGCUACAGCAUGCACUUUGACCCCGAUGCGAUCCAGGACUUAAUUUUACAGCUGGACUACCCGUACACUCAGGGAUCCCAAGACUCGGCCCUGCUGCAGCUGCUGGAGGUCCGGGAUCGGGUAAACCAGCUCUCCCCGCCCGGAGCGCAGCCUUUGGACCUCUUCUCUUGUUUGCUGCGGCAUCGGCUCAAACUGUCCACCACGGACGUCGCCCGCAUCCAGGCCGCGCUGCAGACGUUCAGCGCCAAGCAGCCCAAGUCGAUGGAGUACGAAACGACCAAAUUAUGUAGCUAAUAAGCGGGCAGGAGGCCAGGCGGCCAGAUGGAACGCGGCUCUCGCAAACGCCCCUGAUGACGGUUAAGAGCAUUUCUGGAGCGGUUGCAAAGGAUGUUUGAGGGACAUUCUCAAUGUCAUCAUGAAUCUCGAGAGAGCACAUUCAGCCUUCAUCUACAACACGAGAAUUUCACCGCUAUCUGGUUUAUUCUUAUUAUUUUUCACGGACUGGCACUUCAACAUCCGUACAGGUGCCAUACAAUCAGACAGGUUGACAACACGGGCGCACAAAGUUCUUUUCCUCAUCAAGAAAAA